CGUAGAUCGAUCUAUACAACAAGAAGAAGAAGAGGAUAGCUAGCUAGUCAUGGCGACGGCGGCGGCGGCCAUGGUGAUGGUGGUGAUGAUGAUGAUGGUGACAGUCCCGUGGACGGCUGAGGCGGCGAGGCAGCCCAAGAGGAAGAUGACGUACGAGGAGGUGUUCGACCGGCAGGAGGCGGACAGGGUGCAGCAGCUGCCGGGGCAGCCGGGGGAGGUGGGGUUCCGGCAGUUCGCCGGGUACGUGACGGUGAACGAGACGCACGGGCGCGCCCUCUUCUACUGGUUCUUCGAGGCCAGCAAGGACGUGGCCAGCAGGCCGCUGGUGCUCUGGCUCAACGGUGGCCCUGGUUGCUCCUCGGUCGGCUACGGAGCGCUGGAGGAGCUCGGCCCCUUGCUCGUCAACAAAAACGAAACCCUCACCCUCAACCCGGACUCAUGGAACAAAGAGGCUAACCUGCUGUUCGUGGAGUCCCCCGCUGGCGUCGGCUUCUCCUACACCAACACCACCACCGAUCUCGCCAACUUCGGCGACAGCCUCACUGCCCAUGACGCGCUCGCCUUCCUGGUGAACUGGCUCAAGAGGUUCCCGCAGUUCAAGGGCCACGACUUUUACAUCGCCGGCGAGAGCUACGCCGGCCACUAUGUCCCCCAGCUCGCCACCAAGAUCCUCCAGCACAACAGCAAGGCGUCCAAAGCCGACCGCAUCAAUCUCAAGGGCAUCAUGAUCGGCAACGCCGCCAUCGACUCCAGCUCCGACGACCGCGGUAUCGUCGACUACGCCUGGGACCACGCCGUCAUCUCCGACGAUCUCUACGCCGCCAUCAAGGGCAACUGCACCUUCCCCGACGACGGCAACGAGACCGCCCAGUGUGACACCGCUUGGAACGGCUUCUUCGCCGCCAUGGGCGACAUCGACAUCUACAGCCUCUACACCCCGGCCUGCACCGCCGCGCUCAACGGCACCACCAACGGCAGCCGCUUCGCCGACACGCCGCUCGCCAAGCUGCACCGCGCCGGCUUGCCGUACAACACGUACAACCCGUGCGUGGACUACCGCGUCAUCGACUACCUCAACCGCGGCGACGUCCAGGCGGCGCUGCACGCCAACGUCUCCGGCGCCAUCCCUUACAGCUGGUCGCCCUGCAGCGACGCGCUGACUAACUGGACGGACGCGCCGGUGUCCACGCUGCCGGCCAUCGCGGACCUCAUCGGCGCCGGGCUCCGCGUCUGGGUGUACAGCGGUGACACGGACGACCGCGUGCCGGUGACGUCGACGAGGUACGCGCUGCGCAAGCUGAAGCUGAAGACAGUGAAGCCGUGGAGGCAGUGGUUCACUAGCGAUCAGGUGGGCGGCUACACGGUGCUCUACGAGGGCCUCACCUUCGUCACCAUCCGCGGCGCCGGUCACAUGGUUCCCAUGAUCACGCCGGCGCAGGCCAGCCAGAUCUUCGCCCACUUCCUCUCCGGCAAAGAGAUGCCCGUCACUCCGCUCGUCGCCGCAGCUUAAUUGAUUAAUUAUAAUCUACUAGUGGUUUGUUAUUAUUACGCACAAUUAGUUCAUCUAAUCUAUCAGGGCCGGCCUCCUUAAACGUAUUUGUUAGCUAAUACUAUUUAUUAAUAUUACGUCAAAACAUUUCCUUUCAUUUAAUUCAG